GCUCAGGGCGAAGCGCCCCUGGCCAAGACCAUGCCCCACUCUUCCAUCGCGCUCGCCUACAUGGGCGCGAAGGACCUCGCCCUGGCCGAGGACUUGCGCACAGUCUACGCGCACGCACGUUUCCAAGCGGCGUCGCGGAAGCAUGGGGGCGCCCAGCACGACUUGAAGAUGAUCCCGCCCGACUUCUUCUGGCGCGCGGCCGUCUUGAACAACGAGGGGCAGGGCGCCCCAGGGGCCAACGCAGAGGAAGAUGUUGCCCAGGCAGAUGCGCCAGCGGAAACCGAGACCCCUGAAGCUGCAGACGCUGCCGGCACUGGCACCGCCAAGAAGAUGAGUUUGAAGACUGAGACGCUCGUCGGCGACGCGGGCGGCAUCCUGGAUAUUCGGAGCGAGAAGAUCGUCAAUCAGGCCAAUCGCGAUCUCGAGGUUUCGUUCACCGAGGUCCUGGAUGCAAUCCACAUCGCGUCGAAGCGCAGCUUGCCCCUGGAGAGGGCUAGGCCAGAUUCCCGCGAAGUGCGAUUGGCGCGCCGAGUUUUCCUCGACACCGCGAGGCAGAGUGGCAACCCAACUGCAGAGCUUGCCCAGAUCAUGGUCAGCUACGCGGUGCCCAAAUUGCCCAGGGAUGUCUCAAGGCUACACGCCCAGCAGAGCGCGGGGGACAGCACGGAUACCGCGAGCUUCAUCCGCGCCCAGCAGCACGUUGAGAAGACCUUCGGCGCGGCGUUCAAUGAUAUCGAGCUCUGGCGAGAUAGCUCGAUGGUGCAGUGCGACGGGGACCUCGACGGCAUGAAGGAUCUGUUUCUGGAGCCGGGCUUACUCUUCACUGUGAUCAAGGGGCCAUCGCAGAGGUGGUCUACAGCUGGAGUGCAUUCGAACGUGGACAAAGUGACCGAUUGUCUGGCCAACGCAAUCGAGAUGCCCCGGCGCGGAAACUACUUCUCGAUCGAUGCCUUCUGGGGUUCUAUUGGUAUGAGGCUGGAAUAUUUGAGGGGCUGGCUCAUGGAUUUCCGGCAGCAGUUCAUCCCCGUACAAGAGAAGAUCCUGGAUAUGGACCACGGGCUCCGCAACUAUAACGCCAGCCUCAUUGUGUUCGGAGGUGCCCUUAAGGAUUUGCACAAUCGCGGGCGGGGCAGUACGAUGGCUUUCUCAUCUUGCGCAGGCGGCAGGGCCAACGGGAAGUUUGACGAGAGCGACCUCUCGAAGCUGACUUUCGAGCUCACGAUUGAUCGCGCGGUGAUCCAGCUGCAGGACGUUGUUCGGUUCGUCAGGCUGUCGGUGGAUAUAGAGAUUCAAACUUCCAGGGCUACUGCGAAGGAGCAGUUCGAGACGAACGUUAUCAGCAUGGCGGUUCUCAAUAGAGAGGUGCAUACGAGGGGCGAGCCUGACUUCAGAAAUGCCACGUGCUCGGCGAUGCACGAGUCCCUGGUCAAGGAGAUGAUCGAUCAGAUGAAGCGCUUCAUCGGUGGCAUCGGCGACUGGGCGCGCGCAAUGACGGUCGACGCGCGCGGCGUUGAGGGCUCGCGGGCGGGCAUCCCCGGCACCGACUGGGAAUGGUUAGGCGAGCUGGUGCUGGGAAUGCUGCGCCCUGUCUACAUAGGCGACGAGAUGUACCGUCAGGGCCAAACUCUCUCGGUGGAGUCGGCGAUCAACAGCAUCGAGAUUGCGCCGAGGUCCACGGCGGGCGAGAUUCACAAAGACGUGAUCGGGCAGGCCAAGACAGCGUCGAUCUUUCAGAUGAUCUUUCGCGACGUGACCAACAUAGACUCUCCGGUUGCCCCAGGUGCCCCUGUCGGCAGCGGUGACGUCACGGAGGAGCUCGGGAAGCUCAAGCACAACAUGGCGCAGAAGAACUUGACCGAAUUCAUGAAUGCGAGCGGCUUGAAAGAUAGUGUCACGCCAUCGCGCCGAGGCCUCACGGAAGCGAGCCAGAAGUUCAUGGCGAAGGAUGACGUCUUCACGCUCAUCAACAUUGCCAACGAGACGAGGGAUCUCGCGUCGCGCUGCGCCACGCGCCAGAUCAUGUUGUUCAAGAACGUUGCAGGCACGGUUGCCAAGAGCAUCUUGAGACUCGACCAGGCCUUCAAUUCGGAUGAUGCGCUACACCUCGAAGGAAACGGGCGGGAGCCCCCGAUGACCCUCCUAUCCCCGCGCGGGUGGCUCAGCAACAACGCCGCGAUCUUUUCGAAGAAGGCAGGGGCCAGGGUGCUCGAGAUCACGGCGGCCCACCUGGAAGCUCAACCGGACAAGUGCAUGGAAAGCGCCCCCCCAUCGGGGGCAGCCUUCAACCAGGGCAGGAUGGACACGAGAAUGGCGAACCGCAUCUUCGGCGACUCGCUGGGAAAUGUAGUCAAGCAGUACAACAUGCUCCAUCAGUGCCUCAGCAAGGUUUCGGCAGCUUGGGAUACGUUGGCCAUCGCGCCGAACGUUCAGGUCCACGAGGUCACGGCGCGGGCGGUUGCCGUCGGCGUCGAGAUGCUG